CGGGACUAGAAUAUUCAGUUCUGCUAUUCUUCCUACGAUGUGAGAUACUUGGAGAUUCAACGUGGAGCACGCCCACCUACAGCAAUUCAUGUGCGUGUUGCCCAGCUGCAACUCAAAAUCCCCGUACUGACUACCUCGUGCUUGCGGCUCUGCAUGCGGUUUUUCAAGGCGGCAUGCUUAAUGUAUACCCUAGAUAUACUCAAUACGUAUCUCAGUUACGCCUCCGCCCGUAGUAGCACGACUGUCGCGUGCCAAAGAUCAAGUCAGGCAAGGGAAAGUCGUGGCAGAAAGCUUCUGCAUCAUAUAAAGAUGCAAUAUAUCAGUAGAUCCUAGGAAAAGUUACGUCAAUUCUGACCGUCCAAAGGAACAAUUCGCUUCACCUCGACUACUUCCCAACACUCGCCAGCUACCCAUUAUACACAUCACGAUGGCGAAGAAGAAAAGCGCCGUUCACGCUAAGAACAUCGUCAUAUUCGGCGCAAUGGGCGCCGGAAAGAGUUCCCUCAUAAACCUCAUUGCAGAUAAAAAUAUCGCUAAAACUGGCCCCGACCAGAAGCGCUGCACCCUCACAUGGACCAAAUAUGAGUUACCCGACCUCUUUGAUGAUGGGAUGCAAUGCAAUAUCUUCGACACGAUGGGUAUCGAGAACCCAGAAAUCGAAUCAAAAGAAUACCACCGAUCUAUCAAGAAUGCCAGCCACCUUCUCCGCAAGCUUGAUGCAUGCGGCGGCACCAGUUUGUUGAUAUAUUGCAUUCAAAAAGGCCGUAACAAUAGCGCAUGGCGGAGCAACUACCAGUUAUUCCACGAAGUGUUAUAUCAGCGGCGAGUCCCCAUAGUCAUGGAAUGGUGGACGAAUAACCAUGCAUUGUUAGAGAAAUCUCACAUCAUCGUGGAGGGACAUGCAUGCGUAACAACCCUGAAGGAAGAAGAUGUGAAGUACAAGGCAUCGAGGGAAGCCGUGCGUGAGCUGAUCCGGCAGUAUGCAGCCGUUAUGCCAGUGCCUGGGGGAUGGAAGCAGGAGGGGAGAAUCAAGGCGUUCAUGCGACGGUUCAAGCAACCUGAUCCGGAGGACAAGGAGAAGGAGGAUAAACUACAGGAGGACCUCGAGGGUCAAUGUGGCAUGGAGAAAGGAGUUGGCUUCGAAGGUCGCAAAAGCAUUCGUGUACACGUAGUAGACCAACAGACUCGCUGCUGUGGCAGCGAUUGA